AUACCUUCAGUGUGAAUAAACUAGUGAAUUCACUAGCAUUUGCUGAGGUUCAUCUUCCAAUCACUCUUGUUCUCAUUCCCACUUGCGUUGUGUAAAUUAUCAACCUCUUUCCUGAAUUUAGAAUAAUAGGUACUAAGCAAUCUCACUCCGAACCAUUAUUCCCGAAAUGUAUACCUCGGCAUCUAGAAACCUCUCUGAGAGAAGCAUCCUUAUAACGGGAGCCUCAGUUGGCAUCGGCCGGAGUACCGCCUUCGAAUUCGCACGCUCUUGCCCAUCAAAUCUCAAGAUCAUUCUCACAGCGCGUCGUAUCGACAAACUACACCAAGUUUCAGAAGAGAUACAACAAGAAGUCGGAAAUUGUGUCAAGAUUUAUGUGAAGCGACUGGAUGUUUCCAAACCUGGAGAGAUAAAUAGAUUGGUUGUGGAGUUACCGGAAGAAUUUAAGAACAUCGAUAUGCUCAUGAAUAAUGCGUCAGAUAACGGGUUCAUGGAUGGAGUCGAAAGACCUCCUGAUGUACCCCAGAAGAUUAUUGAGGCUGUAUGGGCGGUGAAUGUUACGGGUGUAAUUACUAUGACUCAGGCAAUCCUCCCUAAUUUCAAGGCGAGACCAAGUGGCGGAAGAGGAGACAUCAUCAUGCUCGGGUCCAUCGCAGGACGGGAUCCCUACGUUGGAGGGACGCUGUAUUGCUCAAGCAAGGCUGCUGUACGAGCUUUUACCGAUGCUUUAAGAAAAGAGCUUAUAUCAACGAGGAUUCGGAUUAUCACGGUCGAUCCUGGCCAUGUAUUGACAGAAUUUACCAACAUCCGAUAUCGCGGAGAUCAAGAGAAGGCGGAGGCUGUCUAUGCCGGUUAUGACCCUUUGAGCCCCGAUGAUGUCGCUGAGGUCAUAGCCUUCGCUGCAAGUAGGCGAGAGAAUGUUGUAGUAGCCGAGACCCUGUUGUUCCCCACUUACCAGGCUUCAUCAACCGACAUAUUUCAGAAGCUCUAA